UAAACCGCCGCUUGGCGCACAGAUGUGACAGGAGCCAAGCGGGCGCAUGACGCAUUCCGGAGAAAAAAAGGAUGAGAAAAACCCACAAGUGACUGGUUUGCUGCCGUUUGUCAUUCAUCUUUAGCUAUCGCGGAUGCCGAAAUGUGGAGAAAAUAAAUACCACACCGAAUAUAGAGACACUACACCAAAAGGAAAUCUAUCAAACAAAAGGAAGAGAAAUACGUUCGGUUGUAAACGGGAGCGCUAAAGGAGGGAUACAAUCCAAGAGCGACUUUCAAGGGGGACCCUGAGUCAGUGGGAAAACUUCGGAUUCGAUAUUGUCGAGCUGUGCCAUGAAACAUGAGUAAUGACAGUCAUGGAGUUCGGGGGUUUCAGCCUCUUUGGAACUUCACCGGGUCACUGGUCAACCACUCAACUGACCUGUUCUCCAACACCUUAUGUAACCAGUCAAGCAACGAUUCAACGUCCUGCUCUCUUUUUGAAAAUGAGAUGCAGGAAGGGAGUCCGUAUAAAGCUUUAGAGAUGUUUUUUAUAGCCUUGGUAACAGGAUCUCUGAGCUUUGUGACCGUUACUGGAAAUAUUUUAGUCAUGCUUUCCAUCAAAGUGAACCGCCACUUGCAGACUGUCAAUAACUAUUUCUUAUUUUCCUUAGCAUGCGCUGACUUAAUCAUUGGCGUUUUCAGCAUGAAUUUGUACACAGUUUACAUCAUCGUUGGCUAUUGGCCACUUGGACCGGUUGUCUGUGACUUGUGGCUAGCUUUAGAUUAUGUUGUUUCAAACGCCUCCGUGAUGAAUUUAUUGAUCAUCAGUUUUGAUCGCUACUUCUGUGUGACCAAACCCCUUACGUAUCCAACCAGAAGGACAACUAAGAUGGCAGGGUUAAUGAUCGCAGCAGCGUGGAUCCUGUCAUUCAUCUUGUGGGCUCCUGCUAUCUUGUUCUGGCAAUUCAUCGUUGGUCAGCGAACAGUACCUCCUGGAGAAUGUUACAUACAGUUCCUGUCUAACCCUGCGGUGACAUUCGGAACAGCCAUAGCUGCGUUUUAUCUUCCAGUCAUUAUUAUGACAGUCUUAUACAUCCACAUCUCCUUAGCAUCCAGGAGCAGGGUCUCCAAACCCAAACCUGAGAAGAAAGAGAAGAAGGGUAUAAAAGCUCCAAACAUCUUCAAGAGUCACCUGAUAAAGCAGAACAAUAACAACGAGACCAGUCCUCAGGCUAGUCCUCAUUCAACUGCCAAACUCAGUCUGGACUCAACCACAACUGCAUUAGAGGCUGUGAAGAAUGGUAAAGUGGAGGAACCUAAACCAGAACAAAAGGAAGAGGCUCCGGGACGUUCUAGUCCGAGGCUUGCACAG